CUCGCGGGAACCGCCCACGCCCCUCCAGUCCCAGGCUCGACGGCCAUGGCUCCAGACACCCUCCUCCGUGAGGUGACCCAGGCGCUGUGCGCGGCCGGGGGCGCCUUGGAGCUGGAGGAGCUGCGGCGCCGCUUGCGGACGAGCGUCGGCGGGGACGUGCUGGAACGGCUGUUGCGGGAGCGCGGGCGCUUGGCGGUGGCGCGGCGGGCGGCCGGGGCCGGCACGACGGCCGUCGAGCGUCUGGUGCUGGCCGUAUCGCCGCUGCGCGUGUGCGGCGCGUACCAGGGCUCGAAGCCGGGCUGCGCGGGGCUCUGCGCUCAGCUGCACCUCUGUAAGUUCGUGUUCUACGGCAAGUGCAAGUUCCAGAGGGACAGGAAGGACUGUAGGAACGGUCACAACUUGACGUCCGAUCACAACAUGAGCGUGCUGAAAACUCACGGCGUGGACCACCUCAGCUACAGUGAGCUCUGCACACUCUUGUUACAGAACGACCCCUUGCUCUUGCCGGAGAUCUGCCUUCAUUACAACAAAGGACAUGGACCCUACGGCUCUUGUUCCUUUAAAAAGCAAUGUGUCAAACUCCACAUUUGCCAGUAUUUUUCACAGGGUGAAUGCAAGUUUGGCACUGGCUGUAAGAGAUCCCAUGAUUUCUCUAAUUCUGAGAACCUGGAAAAACUGGAGAAGUUGGGCAUGAGGUCAGAGCUGGUGAGCAGGCUGCCUUCCAUUUACAGAAAUGCUCAUGACAUCAAGAAUAAGAGCUCUCCCUCCAUCAGAGUGCCGCCUUCUCCCUGUUGUUCACAGGGGACUUCCGAAAGAAGAGAUGCAGGUUCUGUGUCCCCAAACACUGUCAACCAAGAGGAGAGUGAUCAGAUUUGCUUGUUCCAUAUCUGGAAACGUUGUACCUUUCAAGAUAGGUGCAGUAGAGUUCAUUUCCAUUUGCCAUAUCGAUGGCAAGUCUUAGAUGGAGGCACGUGGAAGGAUUUGCACAAAAUGGACCUUAUUGAAGAGGCAUAUAGCAAUCCUGCAAGAAACGGGGUCGUGUGCACCAGUAGCUUUCUCAGUGGUUUUCUGAACUUUAACUCCAUGACGUUUGGUACCUCCUGGGCUCGCCGCCUCUCCACAGCCUCCUCGCUCACCAAACCUCCACACUUUGUCCUCACCACUGAGUGGGUUUGGUACUGGAACGAUGAAUUUGGCUUUUGGCAGGAGUAUGGAAGACAAGGCGUGGAGCAUCCUGUGACCAGCGUCAGCAACAGCGACGUGGAGAAGGCCUACCUGGCCUACUGUGCCGCAGGGUCUGACCCCCAGGCUGCUGCUCUGAAGUUCCAGGCAGGAAAGCACACAUACGAAUUAGACUUCAAAGCCUUCGUUCAGAAAAACCUGGUCUAUGGCACAGUUAGAAGGGUUUGCCGGAGACCCAAAUUCGUAUCUCCCCAGGAUGUGAAGCUGAAGCAGACCUGCGUCAGUUCCCAAGGCCUAAAGAGCAUCCCUGAGCAUUGGGACCACUUGGCCCUGUCGGACACCGGCUUUAAGAGGAUCGCCCUCCCUUCGUCCUCAGAGGAGUUUCGAAAGAUCUGGAAACUCUUCACCCAUACGAUGCCUCUCUACUACAUUCAGAAGAUUGAGCGGGUCCAGAACGUGGCCCUCUGGGAAGUCUACCAGUGGCAGAAGGAGCAGAUGCAGAAGAGAAAUGGCGGGAAGACAGUGGAUGAGAGGCAGCUGUUCCACGGCACCAGCACCGAUUUCGUUGACGCCAUCUGCCAGCAGAACUUUGACUGGCGGGUCAGUGGUCUUCAUGGGACUUCCUACGGCAAGGGGAGCUACUUUGCCCGGGACGCCGCGUAUUCCCACCACUACAGCAAAACUGACACCAAGUCCCACACGAUGUUCCUGGCUCGGGUGCUGGUGGGCGAAUUCGUCCGAGGCAGCGCCAACUUCGUCCGUCCCCCGGCGAAGGAGGGCCAGGGCGACGUCUUGUAUGACAGCUGUGUGAACCGCGUGUCUGACCCCUCCAUCUUCGUGGUCUUCGAGAAGCACCAGGCCUACCCGGAGUACGUCAUCCAGUACACCGACCCCCCCAGGCCCACUGCCGCCGCCACCAGCCUGUUCUCCUUUGCGUCCUUCUUUGGUGUUCGGCAGUGAGCACCCCAAUGGUUUUAUGCCUUUCUGGCUGAUCUUACUUGAAAUAGCUAUUAGGGAAAGUUGCUUUUUUUUUAAACAAAAUAUUUUUAAUGAGCUGUUCAUUUAACAUUGACUUCGUGAUGAAGUUACGUUCUUAAUCUCUGGCUGAUAAUAUUUUCACUUUUAAGUCACUUUUGGACUAGCCAGUAGUGAUUGUAGGUGAACCCAUUAUUGCUUUUUACUCAGGUGUUACAGUUUUAUUUUUUACUCUUUGUUGACUUUGCUGCAGAUUGGCACCAGGCACAGAGUUUCCACUGUUUUAUUGAUUGGUUUUAAUUUUCAAGAGUUUCUGUCUCUUCAGUGGUUUGGUUUUUCAGGGUCUUGGUGGCACCUGGUUUUGUUUUUGUCCGAAUGACACAGCAGCCAUUGGUGCAGGAAAUCCUGGGUUGUGGGCCUGGGCCUGGUGAGGCGCAGUCAUUGUGUCCAUUGCUGUGUCUCUAGUCUAGGCGGCUCUUCUGCUGCUUCUCCUGGGCUUCCAGCCUUGAAAUUGGCCCAUAUAUCAUGUUGUUAGGACCAUGGCUACUGUGUGGUGUCACUGAGACCCUGUCGGUCUCCCUUAGUCCUAGCAGCAGUCACCGUCCCCCAGGAAGUGCACUCACCCUGGCAGGUGCCUCUGCACCGAGCACCCUAUGAAUAAGCGUUUUUAUGUCCCCAUGAGAUCCGAAUACCUGUGCUGCAGCGUCACAGCAGAGUCUGGGAAUAAAAGAAUGUUUAUCUGAC